ACUCUGAUUGAAACACAACUAGCAGUUGUGUGCAGUUUCUCGUUUCUUUAAACAGUGGAGCAGCCCAAAGUGCCCAGAUGGAUGAUGUUCGUCACGUCAGCAGGAUCAUAAUAACCAUCAGACAGCAGAUCAGACGCUACAUCGAGCUCGACCCUUCAGAUCACACACAACUCCUUUUAUUCCAGCAAGCCUCAAAGAUGUUCAGGCAACUGGGAAGAGACGAGAACGAGCGCGUUAACCUCGCAGGAGAGACGCUUUAAUCCGAGCAUGAAGCGUUCAAGUGUAUCAGAGCACACACUGGCGAUGUUGGAGAACAUGGUUCGUGAAGGAGCUGUCAACUAGUGGCACGCGCUUCAGAGGACGAAUUCAAGGCGAAGAGAGACCUCUAUACCUGCAGUGAUCCUCAAAGCACUGGAGAUUAUCAGAUAAAGUUUGCGAUGGAUUACAACGUGACCUUCCCUGAGAACUCCAGUGAUAAGAUUAACUCAUCUCAACAUUUACAUGCAGACACUGACGAACAGUAUCACAAUGUCCUCAUGCCAAGCAUUUAUGGAGUCAUCUGCUUCGUCGGCAUAAUAGGCAACUGCAUCGUCAUCUACACCAUCGUCAAAAAAAAUAAAUUCAGGGCACAGCAGACGGUGCCUGACAUCUUCAUCUUCAGCUUAUCCAUCGCAGAUCUUUUAUUUCUUCUAGGCAUGCCGUUCCUCAUCCACCAGCUGGUGGGAAAUGGUUCAUGGUGUUUCGGUGCCACCAUGUGCACCGUCAUCACAGCACUGGACUCCAACAGCCAGAUCGUGAGCACCUACAUUUUAACGGUCAUGACUUUGGAUCGAUACUUGGCCACGGUUCAUCCCAUCCGCUUCAACCACAUACGCACUCCGUGCAUGGCCGUGGCGGUCGUGGGCCUGGUGUGGAUCCUCUCGCUGCUGUCCAUCACGCCGGUGUGGAUGUACGCCGGCCUCAUGCCCCUGCGGGACGGAUCGGUGGGAUGCGCUCUACUCCUUCCCAACCCUUCCACAGACACGUAUUGGUUUACUCUCUACCAGUUUGUGCUGGCGUUUGCUUUACCGUUGGUGAUCAUUUGCGUGGUGUUUUUCAAGAUCCUCCAGAACAUGGCUGCUACAGUGGCUCCACUUCCCCAGCACAGCCUUCGUGUGCGCACUAGAAAGGUCACCCGGAUGGCCGUCGCCAUAUGCCUGGCGUUCUUCAUUUGCUGGGCGCCUCAUUACAUCUUGCAACUGGCACAUCUGAGUGUGCAGCGGCCCAGUUAUGCCUUUCUGUACGCCUAUAAUAUUGCCAUUAGCAUGGGCUACGCCAACAGCUGCAUCAACCCACUGCUCUACAUCAUGCUGAGUGAAACCUUCAAAAGACAAUUCAUUGUAGCCAUCCGUCCGGCGCACAAAGACUUCCGGGUUGAUCCGGCCGAGGGGAGUGUGAGUCUCCGUCUGGCCCCUGAUGGACUGCAGCAGUCUCAGUCCUCCCGCGAGUUGCUGCCGGUUACCGUGGCUGUGCACUGAAAUGGCACUAACUCAUGCUGAACUCUAUAAUAAGCAUACAGCUGAAAAGAUGUCUAUGAAGAGUCUUGUGGAAUUGCUCAUUAACAGUUUGUGGUAUGAAAAGGAUCCAUGAUGAUGCACAUUUUCCUUGGUAUAUAUUUGUGCAGUGAAAGAGGUAUGAAGUAUACACCGAAUACUUAUAGCAACCCUUUUACAUUGCAGUACCUUGCAGUAGCAUUUACAGCCAUUUGUUUUCUGUAAAUGGGCUUCUUAUAAGUCUCUUUUUCUUACCGAGGAUCUUACCUAAUUUGACUUUUGUCGAUUUAAAGGGUUAGUUCACCCAAAAAUGAAAAUUCUAGUAUGUUCUUAAUUACUCGCGCUCAUGUCAUUCCAAACCCGCAAGACAUUCGUUCAUCUUCGGAACACAAAUUAAGAUAUUUUUGAUGAAAUCUCAAAAUAUCAUUUAUGUAUUUAAUCCAGUUUUAUUAACCAGUGUCUUUGCUACUGACCUUUGAUGAUCUAAUUCAGCCAUACUAAUUAACAAAAAUGACACCAUUUGUGUAUAAUUUUAGUUAUUACUGAAUAGUGUUGAAUUUUCUUCUCCCGCAUCAUAUUCUUUGUGCAAUUUGUUUGAGCUGCGCCUUCUACUGUACAGACGUGA